UCCCACGUUACUUCCCCCCGGCCUCUCUCUCUGCUGCAUCCAUUCCCUCUCGUCCCCUCUUUCCUCCCUCCCUCCAAACCCUAACCCUCAUUCUUCAAAUCUUCGCUCCCUACUCUUAGAGGAAGAUCCAUUCCUCGCCUCCAGUACCGGAGAUAUUGAGCUCACUGGUUGCCGUUUCUUCUCCUUUCUUUUGAUCUCGUUAGAGGAAGGAAGAGGACUGGAAAAGUUUUCGAACCAAUUCUUGCGAAUCUUUCGAAUUUCCAAGGAUUAAUGAUACUUUAUUCUAGCUUUUUCUAGUUUUAUUUCUUUAUUUUGGCGUGAGGCCGUGAUUCUGCUCGGAUCUGCGGUGAUGCGCGAGUUCUGAGGCUCUGUGAGCUUCUGUUUGGGGCGUUCCGUGGGGUUUGUCAGAACUGGCGAAAUGUAGGCGAAAUGGAGAGGGUUUUGGGUGCGUCACCGAGCUUUCUGUUUGAUUUGCACUUCAAGAUUUUAUCGCCUUAGACAGGCUUAGGUUAACAGUUUGUGAAGAAAGUUCGAAUUUUUUUAUCUGUUUUGUAAAAAAGAUUCAAUUUUUAUCGGGAAUUCUGUGCGUCUUAUUCAUUGCGUGAACGUGGGUGUAUUACUCGAGGCUUUUAAAAGGGAAUAUUUAGGUUUUUUUUUUUUUGGGUGUUCUUUGGUUGUGGUUAGUGGUUAUUGUGAACGGUGAUCUGAACCGAUGAAGAGCUUGGAUUGCUUUAAAAAGAAUUUGAAUAGGAACCAAAGACCAAAGAGGAGGCUCUCCCUUGGAGAAUAUAGGAAGGCGGUGUCAUGGUCCAAGUACCUGGUCUCUUCUGGUGGGGAGAUUAGACGUGGAGGGGAGGAGGAAUGGAGUGCAGAUAUGUCCCAAUUGCUUAUUGGGACUAAGUUUGCUUCAGGGCGGCACAGUCGGAUUUAUCAUGGGAUUUACAAUGAUAAAGAGGUGGCCAUUAAGUUGAUAAGCCAGCCUGAGGAGGAUGCGACUCUUGCUGCUUCUCUAGAGCAGCAGUUCACUUCGGAGGUUGCCUUGUUAUUUCGUCUCCGGCAUCCCAACAUAGUCACGUUUGUUGCAUCAUGCAAGAAACCUCCAGUUUUCUGCAUCAUCACUGAGUACAUGGCAGGUGGUUCUCUUCGGAAAUAUCUCCACAAGCAAGAGCCUCACUCACUCCCUCUGAAGGUGGUCUUGAAAUUAUCCCUUGAUAUUGCUCGUGGAAUGAAUUAUCUUCAUUCUCAGGGAAUCCUCCAUAGGGAUCUGAAGUCAGAAAAUAUUCUUCUUGGGGAAGAUAUGUCUGUGAAGGUAGCAGAUUUUGGAAUCUCAUGCUUGGAAUCUCAGUGUGGCAGUGGGAAGGGGUUCACAAGUACUUAUCGAUGGAUGGCCCCUGAAAUGAUCAAGGAAAAAGGUCAUACAAGAAAAGUUGAUAUAUACAGUUUUGGCAUUGUUCUUUGGGAAUUACUGACAGCAUUGAUCCCAUUCCAAGACAUGACUCCUGAACAGGCUGCUUAUGCUGUUGCCCAGAAGAAUGCUAGACCACCUUUGCCUGCUGCUUGUCCUCUGGCAUUAAGUCAUCUCAUCACUCAGUGCUGGGCAACCAACCCUGAUAAAAGACCUCAAUUUGAGGAGAUUGUAGCUAUACUUGAGAGCUACAAACAAGCUUUUGAUAAGGAUCCUGCUUUUUUCUUGUCCUACAAGCCUGUUCGGAAGCAGACUUUUCUUGGAUGCUUUCCAAGGUGUAUUGCUGUUGGGAAGUCCUCCUCUUGAAGCAUAAGACUAUUCUAUGUUUCUAUGCAGUGUGACUUGUACCAUAUUUUUCCGAUCAUGCCAGUUUUCGCUUAAUAUUAGCCUCAUAAAUUAGAUGAAGGCUUUACCAUAAUCUAGGUUUGUAUCUUUAAACCUAUGUUUAGUUUCGUGGUAUGUGAUUGAUAUUGGAGAAAUCAAGUCAGGAAAGCAGGCAAAAGCAACAUGACAGGGGUGAUAAAGCAAAUGCAUUGCGGUAUCUUAUGGGAAAAAAAGCAAGUUACAAUGCAGUGAGCUUGUUUAUUGAUACUGAAUUUGUUGUAGGGUACAAAAUGCAUUGAGCUACUGUAAUUGUAACAUAAUUGAAGCUCAAAUUCAGGUGGAAAUUUUGCUAGUGGUUUCU